AUGCCGCCUCCCACCCCCGCCGAAAACGAAGCCCAUCAGCGGCUCCUCGACAGCCUUGACAUUGCGCACGUCGCGCGCCCCUUCCGCAAUCCACACUGGAAGCCCUCGCAGCGCCGCAACAAGAACGUCAAGCAGCUUAUCUCCGAGAGCACUCGAAAGGAGGCCUCGCAGAUGGCGACGCAGGCCAAUUCUGGAGCGACGACUCCCCUUCCGGCCACGUCCGUCAGCACCGAUGGAACGCAAACGCCUGCCGACGGCACCCCCCGGAAUCCCAACAUCGCCCAGGCGGCGCAGAACCUCUCGACGCUGGUCCUGGAGAAGAACGCUCGCGCAACGUUCCAGCCCGGUCCUGCCGUUACCUACACGAAUAUCGAAUCGGCGCCGUCGCUGCACCCGUCGCAGCAGACUCGGUAUUGCGAUAUCACGGGGUUGCCUGCCCCUUACACAGACCCCAAGACUAGACUGCGAUACCACGAUCGGGAGGUCUUCGGCGUCGUGAGGACGUUGACACAGGGUGUACCGGAGAGUUAUCUGGAGCUGAGAGCUGCACAUGUUGUGCUCAAGUAG